AACGUUUUUCCAAACUCGCCGGAGCCGAUGAAGAAGUUCAAGAACAUAAGGUCAGAGUCGUUGACUUUAUUACUGGUCAACCCAGCCGGAAUCAUGGAAAGCGCCGACGAGUCACUGUUGCCGGGAGUGUAUAAAGAAGUAGGGAAAGCAUUGCAUACUGAUCCAACGGAACUUGGUUCUCUCACUCUUUUCAGAUCCAUAGUUCAAUGCCUUUGUUACCCUCUCGCUGCUUACCUCACCGGCGGUCAAAACCGCACCCAUGUUAUUGCCCUUGGUGCUUUCCUCUUGUCCGCUGCUACCUUUCUUGUUGCCAUUUCCUCCACUUUUACUGAGGUUGCCAUAUCCAGAGGAUUGAAUGGAAUAAGACUUGCAAUAGUCACACCAGCAAUCCAAUCUCUAGUUGCUGAUUCAACUGACGAAAGCAACCGUGGCAUAGCUUUUGGAUGGUUACAACUAACAGGAAACUUUGGCUCUAUCCUUGGUGGGCAUUUAUCGGUGCUUCUAGCUGAAACAUCAUUCAUGGGGAUCGCUGGCUGGAGAAUCUCCUUCCAUCUCAUCGGUUUUAUAAGCGUUAUAGUUGGUAUCUUGGUACGCCUCUUCGCCAAAGAUCCUCGCUUUGUUGAUAGUGAUGGCAAUGCAACAGAGCAACCUCCCCAAAAACCAUUUAGAGAAGAAGUGAGGGAACUGCUAAAAGAAGCAAAAGCAGUUGUAAAAGUACCUUCCUUUCAAAUUCUUAUUGCUCAUGGGGUCUCAGGUUCAUUCCCUUUGUCAUCAUUGUCAUUUGCUCCUAUGUGGUUGGAGCUUAUUGGAUUCUCCCACAAGACAACAGCAUUCCUUUUGACUUUGUUUAAUGUUGCUGGAUCAAUUGGUGGAUUGUUUGGAGGAAAGAUGGGGGAUAUACUUGCCUAACACUUGCCAAAUUCUGGUAGAAUUAUUCUUUCUCAGAUAAGCUCUGGUUCGGCAAUCCCUUUAGCUGCAAUUCUGCUUCUUGGAUUGCCUGAUGACCCUUCCUCAGCUGCAAUCCAUGGUUUAGUCUUGUUCAUAAUGGGAUUUAUGAUAUCGUGGAAUAGUCCAGCGACAAACAAGUAUGUUUCAUUUGGAAAAACUAUAUCAUUCUUCAUU